CUACUCCUCCCUUUCCCCGCCUCAUGACGUCAGUCGUGACGAAAGUGGGGUCCCGUCAGCCAUGGGAAUCUAGCCACGACCGUUGUACUUGUGAGCACCGCAGGCCGGUGUUAACGUUGAUGUUUUUGGGGGUCUAUUUUGGGAAUGGAGAAGAUUUUUUUCAACUUAUUGGUACUUGUAAAGUCAGAUAAGUAUUACACUUUGAAAACUGAUAUCUAUUCAGGGACUCUGUUAUUAUACCAGUGGCUCCGUUUUGGGGGUUGACAUCCUGCUAUUGACAAUAUUUUGCUAUAGUAGUGUGUUGCAGUUGUUAGCACUGCAGUUCAGACUGAGCACUAAGUUUAAAAAUAAUCUGAGAAUUUUACUUUUAAGGUUCCUGCAAGUUUGUAGGAACUGUAAAGUAGUUAUUGUGGCUCUUAAAGGGCUUUACAUGUGUCAGAAAGCUUCCGGAGCUGCUACUGCUUUUGCAUUUUUUUUCUUUUGCAGUAUUGUAUCUGUAAGGUGUAAAGAUAAGCUAGCCUCCCUGACACAUUCAACAGGUUCAUUAGUUUCAGGUGUGAGUAGUUUAGUAUGUUUCCAUAUACAAAUGGCUGACUGAAUUCAAGGACCUCGUUUAGAGAUACCAAAGUUUUAGAAGGAUUUAGGCUUAAGGGGGAUCCAUUAUGGAUUUUGAAGGGAAUGAGCAGAUGGAUUACCUGUCUGAUAAUGAACUGAUAAUGAACAUGGACACUUUCAUUCAUCGUAUUGAUUCUACGGAGGUCAUCUACCAGCCUAGACGUAAACGGGCCAAGCUGAUUGGCAGAUAUUUAAUGGGGGACUUACUUGGAGAAGGGUCAUAUGGAAAAGUCAAGGAAAUGUUGGACUCUGAAACCUUGUGCAGGAGGGCAGUCAAGAUUCUGAAAAAGAAGAAGUUACGCCGGAUUCCAAAUGGGGAAGCUAAUGUAAAAAAAGAGAUCCAGCUUCUGAGAAGGUUGCGUCACAAAAAUGUUAUCCAAUUAGUUGAUGUAUUGUACAAUGAAGAGAAACAGAAAAUAUAUCCUUUUUCUGCUUUAAUCUUUGGUUUCAAAAAGCAUGUCAGCUUUUGUUGGUUGUUUUCCUUUUCCAGGUACUUUUGCCAGCUCAUAGAUGGCUUAGAAUAUUUGCACAGCCAAGGAAUAGUACACAAAGAUAUUAAGCCAGGGAACUUGCUCUUAACAACUGAAGGCACACUGAAGAUAUCCGACUUGGGAGUAGCUGAGGCCUUGCAUCCAUUUGCCAAGGACGACACAUGUAGAACAAGCCAAGGGUCCCCAGCGUUCCAGCCUCCAGAAAUUGCUAAUGGUCUUGAUACAUUUUCAGGGUUUAAAGUGGACAUCUGGUCUGCAGGAGUGACACUAUACAACAUAACAACCGGUCUGUACCCUUUUGAAGGGGAUAACAUUUAUAAAUUAUUUGAAAACAUUGGGAAAGGAGAAUAUUGUAUUCCUGAGGAGUGUGGGCCUCUGUUGUCAGACCUGCUGCGAGGAAUGCUAGAAUAUGAUGCAUCUAAGAGGUUCUCGAUACAGCAGAUACGACAGCACAGCUGGUUUCGUAAGAAGCAUACUCAGGCUGAACGGCUAGUCCCUAUACCUCCCAGUCCUGAAACUAAGGACAAAUGGAGGAGCAUGACAGUGGUUCCAUACCUUGAAGACCUGCACGGCUACAAUGAGGAUGAGGAGGAGGAUCUCUUUGAUGCUGAAGACGAUGUAAUCUACAUUCAGGAUUUCAGUGUACCAGGACAGAUACCUGAAGAAGUUGAACAGAAUGGCCAGAACCUGAACCAGGGUCCACAUAAGCCUGUAUGUAUGAAUGGCACUGAGGCAGGACAGUUAAGCAAUAAAGGGAAAGCUGAGAGACGGACUAGUUCAUCUUCCAGUCGAUCACGGAAGGCCUACUCAGCCAGCAGCAAAAUCCGGAAGCUAUCCUCUUGCAAACAGCAAUGACCUUAACAGCAAAGGCACUGCAGUGGAGAGAGCUUGGAAGUUCAAAGACUGCUUUCUGCCGUUCAUUUCUGUGGACUUUUGAAUUAAUCCAAAAAUGAGUUAUAAAGACUGAAGAACAAAAUAAGAGUGCAAGAGAGAGAGAGGCAGCUAAAUCAGCCUGCCCUUCCCAUUUACUUAAACAAAGAAGGCCGAACCUGUUUAAAACUUUGCCAAUCCAAGCCAAUAUAUAUUUAUAUAUAUAUAUAUAUA